CCUGUUUGGUUCUCCCAGUUCAACUUCCUCUUUCCCAGUGCUCGGAGUGGUGUGGAAGUGAAAGAGUACCUCACAGGGACACAAAUACAGGGGAACUAGGGAGUCUGUUUCGUCAUAGACUAUGACCGGGAAAAAAAAUCUAAACAAAGUCUUUGGGCAACGUGAUCCGGAUACAUCAGAAUCUUUGCGAAGAUCUUCAAGUUCUAAGAAGUCCAGAGGUUCACAAUUAAACUCUGUGGAUUUACAUGCCCUGGAUGAAUGACAAUCUGGAAAACACAGAAGAAAAGAUACAAUAUAUUUUCCACAGACCACGAGCAGGAGCAGGAGCAGGCUUCAGAGCCCUUGUUUUUUUUUAUGAAACACCUUCUUCCUUCACGCUUUAGAACCUUUGGUCACACUUCGGAACACUUGUUCAGAACUUAGAACCCUUGUGCUGGAUUUAGAACCCUCGCUCAGGCUCUACCUCUAGCACAUUCUCUGAUCCGGUCAGCAUUGCCUCAUGUGGGUGCCAGUGUCACCACCACAGCAAAGGCGUAUGGACUGUAACUCUCACUCUUUCAUAUUGUAUCUCUCUCUUUCAUACUCUAUCUCUCUCUCUUAGUCCCUCUAUCUCUUUUUCUCUCUCUUGGUCUCUCUAUCUCUCUCCUGGUCUCUCUCUAUCUCUCUCUUGCUCUCUCGCUCUCUCUCCCUUAGUCUCUCUAUCUCUCAGUCACUCAUAUUUAUCUGUCUUCGUCUCUCUCUGUCUCUCUCUGAGACCCCCCCUCCUCCACUGCCACUUUCCCAAGCGGCAGUCAUGGGCCCACGGAAUUCCAAGCACCUCUCCGACGACUCGGCGUGCGGGGACCCCGAGGUGGCGUCACGCAACCGCAAGGCCAGCAGUGUCAGCAUGCUGGGGGUUCGCCGUGAAGACCUGAUGGUGUCAGCAGAGCGCAUCAGGCGCCACACCGUCAAGCACCUGGGAUUCAGCACACUCAGCCUGGCCAUGAGAGGACUGGAGGAGGUACCUGUGGAGCUGUGGGAGGUCCGAGAGCUUCAGAAGUUGAACUUGUCCCUCAACUGCCUUUCUGGGCUUCCGUCGGGCCUCGGUCGCUUGGCCAACCUGGUGCUGCUGAACCUGUCGGGAAACCAGCUGAGCUGCCUGCCGGCCGAGCUGGGACUGUUGCAUCACCUACGCGUGCUCUUCGCAUACCGAAACCAUAUCAGCGAGGUUCCUGAGGAGCUGGGUGCGUGUACUAAGUUGGAGGUGUUGAGUUUGGCCAGCAACCAGAUCAGGAGCCUGCCAGCCAGCCUGGGAGCCAUGAAACACCUGAGCCACCUCAACCUCAGCCAUAACCGUGUGGCCCACAUCCCGGCGUGUGUGUACGCCAUGCGGGGGCUGGUGUUCCUGCACCUGGCCGGCAACCAGCUGGAGAACAUAGCGGACCAGAUCCAGGACCUCGUCAACCUCAAGAUCCUCAUCGUCGAGGGCAACCGGCUGCACGCGCUGCCCAAGACACUCUGUUCUCUCAGUGCUCUGGAGCUGCUGAACGUGGACUUCAACGAGCUGCAGAGUCUGCCCGGGGAGAUGCACCUCCUGCUGCGUAGGAGGCUGGGCAAGCUGGCCUGCCACCCCCUGGACACGGGGCUUCACGUGGCCCACAACCCGCUGCUCAAACCCAUACAGGAGGCCCUGCAGGGCGGCAUAGGGGCCCUCUACAACUACCUCAAGCCUGGCUGAGCAUUCGAACAUAGGGGGCCCUCUACAAUAACUUGAAUCUUGGUUGAACAUAGGAGCCCUGUACAAUAACCUAGAGAGCCUGGUUUAACACAGGGCCCCCCUACAAAUAGUGCAAGCCUGGCUGAGCAUUCGUUGGGGCCCUCUACGAGAACCUCAAGCCGGGUUGAACAUAGGAGGGCCUUUACAACUACCUCAAGAAUGACUGAGAAUAGGGGGGCCCUACAGCUACUGCAAACAUAAGGGCCCUCUGAAACUAGUGCAAGCCUGGAUGAGCACAGGGGACCACUACAACUACUGCAAGCCUGUCUGAACAUGAUGUGCACUGGAAAAUAACCUGAAGCCUGAGUGAAGAUAGGGGUCCUCUACAACUACUGCAAGCCUGACUUUUUUUUUUCUAUAGUCUUUUUUUCUCUCUCUGAUUAUUACCUGUGUUACAUGUAUCUUGAAAUGUUCAUGUCCAUGUAGGCAUUAUGUGUAUUUAUGUAAGCUUGACACCUUAAUUUCCCCCCGGGAUCAAUAAAGUUACCCUACUCUACUCUACUCGACACUACUUUCUGAACAUAGGAGGCCUCACUACAAGAACCGCACACCUGUCUGAUAGGGUCCCUCUAAAAUAACCUGAAGUCUGGCAGAACAUGGGUGCUGGAACCUGGGUGAACAUAUGGGGUCCCACAACAGCUGCAAGCCUGGUUACGAUGUAGGGACACAUGCACACAAAUCGGGCAAAGCAAAGCAAAGUUUGUCAUUCCUAUGAAGUAAGUGAAGUGCAGCGAAGCCUGGUAAAAAGGGGCAAAGAAAAGUGAAAAUAUUCUGCCAAGUUAAAGUGUUACGCAAAUGAGGAGUGUUUUUUUUGUCUGCAACAGGCAAUCAAAUUAACAGCAUAAAUGCAUUUCAGUCAAUCUGAUUCUCCGCUAUGACCGUUGACCUGUCAAAAUUAAAGACUGAAUUUCGUCUCUGUUUGCUUUGCUUCAUUUCAUCCCCAUGUGUCCCAGCCAUGAACAUAGAGUAGAGUGCUCCACAACUUCCACAAGUCUUGGAUACCACCAUGAGGAUGGGGUAGAGAUGACAACCUCGAGCAUGUUU